CCGUGGCAGCUACGGCUGCCUGUCUGUGCGCUGUCCCCCUGUGAUGCACUGUUUCAGGUGUACCGUGAAUGAUACUGCGGAGAUCCUCUCCGGUUUUUGGGAACGUCACCAGUGGCCCGACGUGGUAUGCUUUGUUUUCGAGCCCGGYUGUCUCCGAGACAUCUGAAAUGCCGUUCCUCCGCUCCCGGCCUCUUUGUUUCUAUCGAGAGUAAAGCGGGAACCCCGCUAGAAUGACUGGGCUAAGAAUUUGAGCUGCUGCUUGUUUUUAGCUCGAGUGGGAAGAAGCUAGCUAGCUCCGACAGCUCAUUACCCGGCGGGCGGCUCGGAUAUCGGAUUAGUUUGGGUCAUGGCUGGGCUCAUCAAGAAGCAGAUCCUGAAACAUCUUUCCAGGUUUGCUAAGAACCUGUCGCCGGACAAGAUCAACCUGAGCACACUGAAGGGGGAGGGCCAGCUCACCAACCUGGAGCUGGAUGAGGAGGUUCUCCAGAGUCUGCUGGACCUGCCCACCUGGCUGGCCAUCAACCGUGUGUUCUGCAACAAGGCUGCCAUCAGGAUACCAUGGACAAAACUGAAGACUCACCCAAUCACUUUGACUCUGGAUAAAGUGAUAAUGGAGAUGAGCACGUGCGAUGAGCCCCGUCCACCCAAUGGUCCGUCUCCUUUAGCAACAGCAUCAGGACAAAGUGAGUACGGUUUCGCUGAAAAGGUGGUGGAAGGGAUUACUCUAUCCAUCAACUCCAUCGUCAUCAAGAUUAGCGCCAAGGCCUUUAACGCCUCCUUCGAGCUCUCCCAGCUGCAGGUCUACAGCGUCAACACCAGCUGGAGCAUCAGCGACCUGCGGUUCACUCGCAUCCAGGAUCCUCAGCGGGGAGAGGUCCUGACGUUUAAAGAAAUCAGCUGGCAGAUGAUCCGCAUCGAGGCCGACGCUAUCCAGAGCGCCGAGCACGAGAUGCUGAGCGCUCCCAUCCGCCUCAUCACCAACCAGUCGAAGAUCCGAGUCACUCUGAAGAGACGGAUAAAGGACUGCAACGUGGUUGCCUCGAAGCUGAUUCUUAUCCUGGACGACCUGCUGUGGGUGCUGACGGACUCCCAGUUAAAAGCGAUGGUGCAGUACGCAAAGUCCCUCAGCGAGGCCAUGGAGAAGUCUGCACAGCAGAGGAAGAGCAUGGCAGCAGAYGACCAGGUUUUGCCGCCUCCUUCAGCUCAMGAGGUGCGCACCCAGCAGGCGUCCACAGCCGCCGAUCAAAGUGCAACUAUAGCCAAGCUGUUCAGCGCUUAYGACGUGUGCGAAACCUCCCACCACCUGCAGAUUACACACCUCGACCUGCACAUCUGUGACGACAUCCAUGCUAAGGACAAAGUUACCAAUAAGAGGGUAACAGGUGGUGCAAUGCAGCUUUCCUUCAGCUCUAUCACUCUGGACUACUACCCGUUGCACAGAGCAGGUGACAGUUGUGUUCACUGGAUGCACUACAGUGAAGCCACUAAAACCAGAGAGAGCUGGGCGAAAAGUCUGCUCGACGAGUUCACAACCAGCGUAGAGAUGUUGAAGAACGCAGCUCGAGACCAGCCAAGCCGAGGCGCCGGACGCAGCUCUCCACAUCACAUGUCCUUUAAGGACGAUGUGUGUGAGCCUCUAGGAAGUCAGGAGAAAGCAGAAGGAGAAGUAGGGCUUAGGGGUGCAGAUGGAGGAMUCCUAGAGGGGAGCUCACGCACACAGCCUCCUCAGUGCUGCUGGUGCCUAGAAGCAGGUAAGAUAAACACCACCUCCUCCACCACUUCGUUCAGUCCGCCUCCUCCUCAAACUCCAAAGGCCCACCUCAUGUCCAGCUCGUUUGUUCUCAGAAUGGCAGACUUCAGUAUUUACCAGGUGUCAACAGCAGACCAGCAUCGCUCCACCCCAAAGACCAUGAUCUCCUGCAAUAAAAAGUCUCUGUACCUGCCUCCGGAGAUGCCGGCUGUUCAUGUUGAGUUCACCGAAUACUACUUUCCUGAUGGAAAAGAUGACCCCAUCCCCUGUCCCAACCUGUACGCCCAGCUCAACGCCCUGCAGCUGGUUCUGGAUCCUCGCAGCUUGGUGUGGAUCAACCUGUUUGCUCUCGACCUCAGACAGAGCCUGGAGCAGUUCAUGGAGAUCUACAAGCUCAACGACUCGCAGAAACCCGAUGAGCACAUUGACAUCAAGGUUGACGGCCUGAUGCUUAAAGUGGUGGUUCCCACCGAUCAGGACGCCUCCUGCCCUGCUGACCUGCCCCGCUCCGUCUCAAUACAGACUUCAGAAAUGGUAGCCACCAACACCCGGCACCCUGCCAACUGCACCCGCUCCCACCUUGAGGCCCUGCUGCAGGCCUUUGAAGAGGAGCCAUUCUUCUCCUCGUCAUUCUCCUCCUUCCCUCGCUCCUCCUCCUCCGUCCCCGUCCUCCAUCCUGUCUUCCAGCGGCACGCUCAUGAACAAGACACCAGGAUGCACGACGUGYACCGGGGGCUUGUGGUGUCAACGGUGGGCCCUGACGCCCUCAAGAGGCCCGCUGCUACAGACUUCUGGGCGCUGCAUUUUGCCCAGUUUUGGGUGGACUAUGAAGGCACCCGUGGAGGUAAAGGGCGUCCGCAGCCAUUUGUGGACUCCUUCCCUCUCACCGUGUGGGCCUGCCAGCCGGCGAAACUCGUCCAGCAUCAGGAGAAGCUGAGAGAGUCGGCUGGAUCAGGGCUGUCCCGAAGCACGUCGGCAGAGGCGGUCGCUCGUUUGCAGAGGAAACRAUUGUUAAAGGAAUUUUACAGCGCUGAUGGUGCACCGACAUCYUCUCACUGCAGCGUAGCAACACCGCCACCCAGUAAUGGACUCUAUAAACCCCUCUCAUUGGACAGUCUGCCCUCUUCUUCCUCCUCUUUAUCAAGUAAAGAUGCAGAUGUGCAUAUAUUGGUGCAUGUGCAGAAGCACCUUAGCGCUCAGGUGAGCCAUCGACAGUAUGUGUUUCUGAUGCUUCUUCAGCGCAGCCUCAAAGCCCUGCAGCAGACACUACAACAGGAUCUGGAGGACAUGGCCUCUAAGAGAGAGCGCAAAGACCCCAUCCACCAUGCUGCAGACCACCAGCCCUUUACAUUCUGUUUGGGCCUCCUGCUCAAAAGCGCAGAGGUGUCCCUCCUCUUGAAGCCUGUAACACAGCCUGAGGGUACAAGAUCUCCUGCAGGAUCUGAACUCUCCCCCUCUGAGAGCAGAGGCACCCUGGAGCCUGCGAACGAAGUGGGAGAGGGGCCAGAGAAGGGCAAUGAAGGGUCCGGCUCCGCCGGCGGAGCAGCUAAGCAGCCUUGCACUGUAGACCAGCUGCUAUGCAGCGUAGGUCUGGAGAACGGAGCCAAGCAAUGCCCCGCCCCUCUUGUCCCGUCCUCCAACUCUGCCACUCAUCCGGACUCGAAUCAAAAACCCUCAGAGGAGGAGAGGACACCAUCUAAGAAUUCUGUGAGGUCAGGUUCAGAUGUCAGAAGUGAGGGUACGAAUAAUGGUUUGGCUGUAGGUGAUGAAGCGAGUGACGCUUUGUCUGACCCACUGAGCAGCAAAGACUUAAGUGAAAAAGACAAGACCGCCACAGUGAAGAUGCCUCAGUCAGUAUCCAGGAAAGGAAGUUUGUCUGUGGUUUCUGAUCUCCUCAGCUCCUCAAACUCCAGCAGAUCCGCCUCCCUUUAUUCCAUGUCUAACAUUGGUCGUUUGAUGCGUGACCGCUCCCAGUCCAGUUUCUCGGUGUCCUACAAAAACAUGAAGAAGAGCCCGUCCCUGCAGUCCCUGGACAACAUCUCCAUCGACAGCUACUUGCUGGAGGACGGAGACGCCGACAGCUUAUUGGAAAGAGAUGAUGUGUCCAUCUCUGGAUUUAAGGACACCAUCAGUGAGCAGAGCGCCACAGAAAGCGCCACGGAAGCAGUGACCGUUCAGGAGCAGGAGGGAGGCGCCUCCCCUGACAGCGUCAGCGCUACAUCCCAGAGCAUUGAUGAACCCACCAAAGAUCUAGUGUCUGUGCUGGUGCUGAAGGUGCAGUCGGUGUGUGCGAGCAUGGAGGUGGUGGGCGAGAGCUCGGCCGUGGCGCUGGAGGUGGGCCAUAUCACACCCAGCCAGCUGGGCAAUGUCAGCCUGCGACAGUACCUCAGCAACCGCAGCCUCGGUAUGGUGAGUUCAGUACCAAUACCUGCUCAGAGCAGCCAAGCUGGCGGCGAGAUCAACUCCUCUUCUACUCGAGCCGAUUACAGCCCGGAGGUGCGGGCUCGGCUGGAGAGCGGGCCCUGCGCCGCCACCCAUUCCCCGCUGGCCGAGCACAACGGCUUCCUGCAGCUGCACCUCCACGGGUACCACGCCAGUUUCUUGAUGUCCACGCUGCGCAACCUCUCCCUCUUCCUGGAGGACGACUCGGCUUCGCAGGUGCUGCCCAUGGAAAUCAGCGUCAAGGACCUGCACAUCGAUUUAAAGGACGAUGGCCCCCGCGACAAUUCCUCAGACUCGGAGCCCACACCGCUCAYUCUACACGUGGACAGUCUCAUCAUUCACAAAAGAGACGACGGGUCUUACUCAAUAGGAGUGGACAGUGCGGCUGAAGCCAAACCCAAAAAGGCAACAUCACUGAUUGACAGCUCUCUGAGUCCGGUCAUCGAGACUGCGAGCAGCRUCUGCAGGAUCCAGAAAGCUACGCAGACCCAAAACCCCCCAACCAGCCCCAGCCCAUCGACCAAGGAAAAGAUGCUAAUCGAGGAGAACGAAUGCUUAAAGUUGGAGCUGUCCCGGACCAAAAUGGCGCUGGCUGAGGCUCAGAUGGAAAARGACUCGCUGGUUCACCGCAUGAAGAGCCUGAAAGUAAACACCAGCUAGACCCGACAGAAACAUUUGUAACACGAUUUGUGACUUCAAAGCAAUGAUUUUUUUUWAUUAUUAUUCUCUACAUGAAGCAUUUGAGGAGCAGAAAGGAAAGAGGGGCAUUGUAUUAUUAUUUUAUUGCUUGAGAGAGAGAAAAAAGUUUGAUAGUCGUGGUGGUGCCUACAGAUCUAAAACCAUACAAACCUGUAGGUAUAAAGAACACUGAAUGUUAUAACUAUAGAAGAAUGUCUUUAAAAAAGUCAUUUUUGCACUUUAAUUUAGUGCAUCAGAAGUGAGGAAAGAGGCUCCUCCUUCAGAGUGUACAGUGUAUAUUGUACAAGAAUGUGAACACAUUUUCUAUGAACUCUUGAACAGUUCUGCAGUGUUUCAGUUGAAUGUUUUUGUCGUGUGUGUGUGUUUCUCGGACAGCAUUUUAUCAAAAGCAAAGGAUGAAUUUUCACAGCUUUGUCAAUCAGAACGCCUCACGAUAAUCAGUGCCCUCCAUCUUUCUUAUUUUUCUAUGUGUAAAGAACUAACGCGUGCUGCACUUUGAAAACUGAGGCAUUGUAAUUAAAACAACUACAACUGAGAAAAGGAGGCGAGGCAACUGAGGAAAAUAAGUUGUUUUUUUUUUUUAAAAAGGAAGAAAACCUGGGCUCAUUAAAGCUGCCUGACUAUGUGA